GACAACUGUACAUGAAGAAUGGUGACAGGUUCCAUGACUUCCUGUCUGAGUUCCUGUACCUCACCACAGAAGCAGGAGUUGCAGAAGACACUUGGAAAGAUGAGCUCUAUGUGAAGUUGACAACCAAACUCCAAGAGCUGUGUAUCAUAGCAAGCUACCAGGAUGGACCCUUUCAGGAUUUCUCCAAUGCAGUAUCCCAGACUGCAAGCCGACUUGAAGUUAUCAACCACUGGAAUCAGAGGAAUUGA